UUUCCACUGACGGAAAAGGCAGCGCUUCUCGACAGUCUGCCACAGACAAGGGGAGCGCCUCGGCUGGUACGGUGCUGUGCGUGUACAGCAGCGAGACAAAAGCCAAUUGCGGUCCAUACGAGGAAUACACACAGCGCUAUUUGGCCAUUUGGAUACCAUACCACUCAGUCGUCGAUCGCUCCAACAUUUCUGGUUUCACUGAUGGUGAUUGGAUACGCGAAUUCGUGACUCUCCACGCAGGCGCCAUGAGUGGGCUACUCAAGAGGAAGUAUGAGGAGGUGGACGAGGACCGGAGCUACUCCUCGCCCUCCUCCCUCUCCUCCUCGGCCUACUCGGGUUGGGACUCGGAGGGCGAGAGCUGCUACUCGGACACGCUGGACUCCACCCCCAGCAACCCCGGCUCCCCGGCCAGCAGCUUCAGCACCACGUCGAUCCUGAAGAAGGCCAAGCGGGCGCGGCGGGGCAACGUCACCUUCGACCAGGUGACGGUCUUCUUCUUCCCGCGGUGCCAGGGCUUCACCAGCGUGCCGAGCCGCGGGGGCUGCUCGCUGGGCAUGGUGCAGCGCCACUGUGACCUGCGCACCUACACGCUGGCCGAGUUCGCCGUGGAGCAGAGGCUGCUGAGGCGGGAGAAGGCGCUCGACCGCCUCCGCGAGGAGAAGCUGGAGGCGCUGAGGCAGAAGCUGACCAAGAACGGCACGCAGGACUGCGAGGCGGCUGAGCGUCUGACAGUGGACGACGUGCCUGAGGAGGAGCUGGACCUGAGCGGGGCCGGCCCGGACGCGGGCUCCUUCCUCCACCCGUACGCCUCCAAGCAGCGCCACACGCUCCUCAAGGCGGCCGGCGUCAAGAAGAUCGACAAGGAGGAGAAACGGCAGCUGCACGAGCUGCGCCUGUCCCGGGAGAACUGCGGCUGCGACUGCCAGGGCUUCUGCGAGCCCGAGACGUGCGGCUGCAGCCUGGCUGGCAUCAAGUGUCAGAUGGAUCAUUCCUCCUUCCCCUGCGGCUGCACCAAGGACGGCUGUGGGAACAUGGAGGGCCGCAUUGAGUUCAACUCCACCCGCGUGCAGACGCACUACAUCCACACCAUCAUGAAGCUAGAGCUGGAGAAGAAGCUGGAGGAGCACUCGGGCACCGAGGAGGACGAGGAGGAGGUGUCCACGGAGCACCUGGCCGCGGCGGCGACGGGCUGCCCCGCCUACCCCGGCCACUCGGAGAACAGCUGCAGCAGCGACAUGACGGACUCGUCAGAGUCGUCGUCGGCCCACUGCGAGGGGCCGCGGGGGUCCGGAGACUGCCAGUAUCAGGUGUCCCUGGACAUGGACGACCGGGGCCUGAGCCACAUCCUCAGCUUCAGCGACCAGGACCACGACACCUGCUGCUGGAGGAGCAGCAAGGUGCCGGGGGAGGAAGAGGAGGAGGAGGAGGACGAGGAGGACGUUGUCGGUAAUGACCGGCAGCAGCAGCGGCGGCGGCAGCAGCAGCCGUUCGGUGGCGGCGCCGACUCGCCCGUCGCCCACAGCGGCGGGCUGAUGUACUCGGCGGACGACUACACAGACAAUCAGGCCAAGGCCAUCUCGGAACUGUUGGACGAGAACGCCAACCAGGGCAACGCGCUGUUCCACAGCGGCAGCGUGCCGCGCACGCCCUCGCCGUCAUUCGACCGCUCGGCCGACUACGACAUGGACCUCAGCCUCUCCUCGGAGUCGGACCUGGAGUUCUUGGACGGCUUCCCGUGCCUGGGGCCCAGCUCGCUGUACAACUCCCUGAAGGAGUACGAGAACAUGGACAACUUCUUUCAGUUUCAGUUGCCUAGCUACCCCAGUCUCCCGCAGGCCAGCGACCCCGGGACCAGCCUCCUGGAGUCCCUGAUCGGCCUCUCGGAAUCCGUCCCCGAACCUCCCGCCACUUUUACGGACAAUCAACUGUUGGAAGAAGCCAUGAAGCUGUCUGUGAUGGAGUCUGUGAAGGUUUAACCAACAGGGAAGAGAAACUUGAUGUCUGACGGCCUGAAGAAAAAAAAAUAAUGGAGUUAGGGGGGACUGUACAUGCACAUACGAUGUCGAUGUAAACGUUACUUUAUGUUGGUGGAAGCUGUGAUGUUCCCCCUCUUGCCUGAAUAAUGUUUUGAUUCCAGACUUGCCUUCUAAAUGUAAGCAAAGCAGUGGAGAGCCGAUCGCUGUGUGGAAUGGCAGCUAGUGUUUCAGUGAAGAGUGAAAAACAAAAGAACACAACGCUCAAUUUGACCAGCUUACCUGAGCCUUUGUAAAAUAAUUAACAAUGAUCGCUUUCAAUUCCUAUGGAAGCUUCUUAUUUCACCAAACAACCAUCCCAAAAAUGUUAAGUAAGAAGGCAUCAACCUUACUGGGACGAGGUUGGGGGGACGUUGAUAUGGCCGAAUGUGCACCUCAGGGACCUUUUUCUAGCUUUCAGAGGCAAUGUACGAUCACCCUUGCAGCGGUGGGUAUGGUUAUUGCCUUUUUGAAUAGAAGUCACCAGUUAAACGACACCCUAGUCCGAACGGCCACCGCCCUUAUUUGGGCUCCGUGACUUGGUGCCAUGAUCCAGUGGGACAUGCCCAAUCCAUUGAAUCCACAGGACAGAUGUUUUUGUCUCCCCCCUCCCACACCCACACACACACACACACAAUUGACUCCUAAGAAACCUGUACGGUACAGAGAUCCCUCUGAAAAGCUCCUAAAUCCGCACUUUACAUGAAAAAUGGUUCUGUAUGAAAAACUUAAAGGCAGCAUUUGGGUCAUGUGGUCAAGAAAUGCUAAAUUCAGGAGCUAAUUUAUAACUUGGGUCAUUCGACAAAUUAUAAAGAGAAAAAACGACGGUAGAGGCUGUAACUAUGAAUAUCUUUUUCUCCUUUUUAAGUUAUUAUUUUCUCCUUUUUAUGAUUUCAUUAUAUUUAUUUCCGAUCAAAAGCCUAAACCUUUCAUCCAAGCAGCACUGUGGUUCUGAUAUUUCACCUCCGAGUGCGAUCUCUCUUGCCUUCUUUGUUUCCCCCGCUCCCCCCCAAUACCACGGGGGGACACGGGGUUCAGAGGCCAUCCGAAAUAAGUAUUUAAUAUCUAUUCUGUUAUUACCUUAUUUUUUUCCAUUAUUUUUUUUAAUUGGUAACUUAUUACGUCAUUUAUUUUAUCGGCUUUAGUAAUUUAAUUGAAUAGGAUUUUUGGCAAUAAUAAGGGGGUUGUUCUUAUUGUUAAUGAGAGGUUUACGGGGUGGUCUUAUCAGCAAGACAUGUCCACUACUGGCACAGUGCUUCCUCUUGGACUGAGUACUGUGGAAUCCCCCACCCCUGCACUCAUUUUGCUGAUUUGCUAAAUUAUGGGCCAUUUAUAUUGCUGCCUAAAUGUAACAUUAGAAAAAAUUACACUAAUAUUUUGUAAAACUAAUUUAUGUAGUUCGACAACAGAAUUCUAAUCACUGAUAAAUUGAUUAUUUUAUUAACAAAGUGAAAACAAGGAGUAAUUUUCAAUCUUGGAAAAGAAAAAGAAUGACCUUUGUAAUAUAUGAAAUUAUAGAGAAAUGUAUUGUACCUUAAGGCAGUCGCUGUCUAACAUUCUUCGAGUAUUUUUCAUUGCCAUCUUUAAUGGUGAAGUAUCCUUGGAAAAGAAAAAUGCCACUGAAACUCAAUGAAUUGCGAAGAUCAAUUUGAUUGUACUCCUAAUUUUCUUGGGAAGACGGUGACUUGGCUCACAGUUAACUUGUAAAUGGAACAUUGAAAUCAGCUUGUUGUUUUUGUUUUUUAUUUAAGAUAAAAACUGCAUAUAUUAUACAUUUUUUAUCAAAAAACACAAAAGGACCCCGAAACAAACGGUUUCCAACAGCAGGACCUUUCUAAAAGGUGACUCGGCUUUGACGGGCCACUAGGGGGAAUUGUUGUACAUACCUGUCGGCCCCCUUUCUACAACCGUUUCUACAGUCCCCCUGGACCCUUUAGGAGUCGUGCAUGCAGCUCCCAUUUGUUAAAAGUUAUUCCGAGUUAUUGUAUACUUUUUUUGAAAACGUGCAAAGUGCACAUUGGAAUUGUAUUACUCACUAUUUGCCUUUUUUUCUUAUUUUUACAUUUUGAAAUCCUCCUGAUGUAAGUUCUUAAUGCCAUGAAGAGGGCACUGCAUUUUUUUUUGCAAGUAAACGUUUUUGUCUUGUAUAAAUAAACAACAUGACAACUUUCAUGGAUACAUGGCAGCAGUUGGUAUUGAUGUAUUGUAUUACACUAUUUUUAAUUAUUUUUCAAAGAACGUGUCUUAUUUUUUGCUUUUGUGUUGUACAUAUUUCAGCUUGAAUGGUACGACGGAGCAAAGCCAGCUGCUUAUUUUUACAUAUUCACUCUUUAACCUGCCAUUCAAAAACUUCUUUCAUCCAAGCCAUUUUGACAGCUUGUCCCUCCAAAUAAAAAAAAAGUUUCUUAAUUUCUUGAUUCUGUCUUUUAUGUUUUUCGUUGCCUUAGAGUUCCUCUUGUACUUUUUAAAAAUACUUUCAGAUUAAUUUGUUGGUUUUCAUUAAGUUGAAAUCCUAAUCUAUUCAAGUUUUAAAAACGAUUAAAGGACAAAUGGUGGAAUAAACCUUAUCAAAACUAGAGGGGUGGACGUUCGGUAAUGUAUCAUGUCGAUGUUCAUCUGGGACCAUCUAUGAUAAGAUUAUCAUUAUUAUGGUCAGUUAAUAUAUCAAAAGUAUGUGCUUGAAAAAGUACAAAUCUAGCCUUGGUGCAGAGGAAUCCUUGAUGUCCUGUUUUAUUUAUAAACAGACGGCGACCUUCCCUGGGUCGACCCAAUCACAAUCUUCUAUGGGGCGGCUUUGCACCGUUGAGGACUUUUCCUUAAUAACUAAGAUGGCUGCCGCUUAUGUGUCACGCGGUCCAUUGCGCUGAUUGAUUGUAGGUAUAUCGAAGUGCAUCAAGAGGCAUUUUGGCCUGCAUCUGUUGAUAAUGCACUUUGGAAAUCAAAAUUGUCCUGAUAUGAGAGGUUCUAGACUAAUUAACGAAUUGGUCUCAGAUGUCCGGCUAUAAAUAACCCUAAAACUGACUUGAUUGCAAUCCUGGCAAGUGUGUCCCAAGGUAUUAAGUCAAUCC